UAGAAUGUUUAGUUCAAGAGAUAUGAGUGGCGAGUUUUUGAGCAGUAGAGAAUUUAUGGGCUCCGAUUUGUUUCUGAACCAAACAACAACACAGCAGCAUCAGCAGCAAAAUCAGCACCAUCACCCGCCGCCGCCGCAUCCGCCGCCGCCGCAGGGCGGCGGCGGAUUGGCUCGGUAUAGGUCGGCGCCGAGCUCGUUUCUGGCGGCGCUACUGGAUUCGACGGCGCCGGAGAACAGCAGCAGCGGCGACGAAUCUGAGGCUAUUUUCUCGGCGCUGAUGGGUGGUCAGAAGAACGGCGGCGGCGGUGGUGGUGGUGUUGAUGAUCAGAUGCAGUUUCAUCAGAUGAAGCAGGAAGUGGCGGUCGAAUCGGAGCCCCGACCCGGAUCCAUGAACGGGCAAAUGGGUUCUGUUGUCGGGUCUUAUUCGGUGGGUAUGGAUAGUGGGGUUGAUUUGAGAAUGAAUAGUAAUACCUCCUCCAUUAAUCUUCUCCGGCAAAGCAGUUCUCCUGCUGGAUUCUUCAAUGGAUUUGGUGUAAUGGGAGAUGUAGGAAACUAUAGAGUCCAAAGUCAUGCAAAACCGAAUUCGUCUUCGGCGAAUCAUAAUAUGAACUUCUCUUCGGGUCCAUCUUCGAGCUCGCGAUUCAUGCCUAGCAUACCCGAAAAUGAUCAACUAUUGAGAAAUCGUAAUAAUAAUAAUAAUACUAGUGCUAAUAAUAAUAAUAACGGCGGACGAGAAUUCGAGGAUGUUAAUUUCCCUCCAGACUCAUGGAAUCAUUCCCCACCUUUCAAUAGUUUGAAGAGAAAUCGAGACGGUGAUCCCAAAAUGUUUUCCAAUUUCAACGGAUUCGAAAAUCAGAAUGGGGAAAGUAGAAAGAAUUCGUCUGGUUUGGUUCACCAUUUGAGCUUGCCGAAAACAUCUAACGAAAUGGCAGAAGUCGAAAAUUAUCUGCAUUUUCAACAGGACACGACUCCUUGUCAAAUUCGGGCCAAAAGGGGUUUUGCUACUCAUCCGAGAAGUAUUGCAGAAAGGGUGAGACGGACUAGGAUUAGUGAAAAGAUGAGGAAGUUGCAAGAUCUUUUCCCAACUAUGGACAAGCAAACAAGCACAGCUGACAUGUUGGACUCGGCAGUUGAGUUCAUUAAAGAGCUUCAGAAACAAGUCCAGACGCUCACGGAUAUUAAGGGAAAGUGCAUUUGUUCGAAUAAACCUCAAUAACGACCAAUCUUACUACGUACUACGUAGUCGUUUAUUUCCGAGAAAAAGAAAACGAAAAGAAAAACAGAAAUUUAUUACAACCUCGGAAGAUUAGAAGAUUGAUUCGAACAAGAGAAGUGGCAAAUGUAUUGUUCUUUGGGGUUGUAAUAUUUUAGUGUAUGAUGAUCUAUAGGUAGUUUUUGCUCUGUAGUUUUAAUGAAUAAUUUAUGUAUAGGAAGUGAUUUAGGCUUUUUUAAGCCUGUAUUUUGUUGUACCUGAUUGUGUUUUAGUUGAGAACAAAUAUUACACUUUAUUGAAACAAUGGUUUCCUUUUUUUUUU